AUCUAUAAAUCGGUAUAAAUCGAUGUCAUGUAAUCUUGGACUCUAUGUGGUCGUCCUGUGCUGGCCUGGCCACCUCAGCCCUGGAGUCUACAUUGGGCCGCCCCGCUUAUCAGUCUUCCUCUUUCACGAAAGUCACACAUGGCGCCCAAAGUCAAGGCUAAGUCCAGUGCCAAGAGUGCAGAGACGGGCAAGGCCCAAAAAGCCAAGAAGGCUGUACAAAAGGGUGUCCGCGCAGCCAAGACCAAAAAGGUCAGGACUUCUGUCAAGUUCCAUCGCCCCAAGACCCUGAGCCUGCGCAGAAACCCUAAGUAUCCACGCACUUCUGCACCUCGCAUCAACAAGCUUGAUCACUAUGCCAUCAUUAAGCACCCGUUAACGACUGAGUCAGCCAUGAAGAAGAUUGAGGACAAUAACACACUUGUGUUCAUUGUGGAUGUCCGUGCUAACAAGCCUCAAAUCAAGGCUGCCGUCAAGAAACUUUAUGACAUUGUUGUAUCCAAGGUCAACACUCUAGUAAGACCUGAUGGGCAGAAGAAGGCUUAUGUCCGCCUAGCACCAGACUAUGAUGCCUUGGAUGUAUCAAAUAAGAUCGGUAUCAUCUAAAGAGGUCAUUGUGGGAUUGAAAAGCACAAAUUAAUAAAGUGUUUGAAUUGUAAAAAAA